AUGCCGUUGAAAUGGAAAAGCGGUUCUCCCGUCAGCUGGAAAUUCCCAGUUCCCGUCCUUAAAACGUCCAGGUCCUCUCCGCUUUCACCAGCUUACAUCCACCAACACUCCUUUGUGGUGUGGACCACCCACUCUCUCCUCGCUGCCUCUCCAACUUACCACCUGACUGGAUCUUUGGUUGAGGAUGACGAUCCUCAGAUGAAGGUGUCGUUGGGAUGUGGAGAAAUGGGCAUCUCUGCCCACCUACAGGCCUCCAAAACGGGCAACACCCGCUUCUUUACCAGCAACACACACAGCUCUGUGGUCCUACAAGGUUUUGACCAAUUGAGGAUAGAGGGAUUGCUUUGUGACGUGACGUUGGUGGCGGGUGACAGUGACGAGGUCUUCCCUGUUCACAGAGCCAUGAUGGCCUCCUCCAGCGACUACUUCAAAGCCAUGUUUACAGGUGGGAUGAAGGAGCAGGAUCUGAUGUGUAUUAAGCUGCAUGGGGUCAAUCGGAUAGGACUGAAAAAAAUCAUAGACUUCAUCUACACGGCCAAACUCUCCCUCAACAUGGAGAACCUACAGGACACACUGGAGGCUGCCAGCUUCCUCCAGAUUCUCCCCGUGCUUGACUUCUGCAAAGUCUUUCUCAUCUCGGGGGUCUCUCUGGACAACUGCGUGGAGGUGGGUCGGAUCGCCAACACAUAUAACCUCACAGAAGUGGACAAAUACGUCAAUAACUUCAUCCUCAAGAACUUUCCCUCGCUGCUGGGCACGGGCGAGUUUGUCAAACUGCCCUUUGAGCGUCUAGCUUUCGUCCUGUCCAGCAACAGCCUGAAACAGUGCAGCGAACUGGAUCUCUUCAAAGCUGCCUGCCGCUGGCUGCGAUACGAGGAUGGCCGCAUGGACUACGCUGCCAAGCUCAUGCGCAACAUCCGUUUCCCGCUCAUGAGCCCGUCGGAACUGAUCAACCACGUGCAGACAGUGGACUUCAUGCGUACAGACAACACGUGCGUCAACCUGUUGCUGGAGGCCAGCAACUACCAAAUGAUGCCCUUCAUGCAGCCCGUGAUGCAGUCGGAGAGGACGGCCAUCCGCUCGGACAGCGCCCACCUGGUCACAUUGGGCGGGGUCCUGCGGCAGCAGCUGGUGGUCAGUAAAGAGCUGCGUCUCUUCGACGAGAAAGCGCACGAGUGGAAGGCACUGGCCCCCAUGGACGCCCCGCGCUACCAGCACGGCAUCGCCGUCAUUGGCAACUUCCUCUACGUGGUGGGAGGCCAAAGCAAUUACGACACCAAAGGCAAGACGGCAGUGGACACGGUUUUCCGCUACGACCCCCGCUAUAAUAAGUGGAUACAGGUCGCCUGCCUGAAUGAGAAAAGAACCUUCUUCCACCUGAGUGCGCUCAAAGGUCACCUGUAUGCCGUAGGGGGCAGGAACGCUGCUGGAGAGCUGGCGACAGUGGAGUGUUACAACCCCCGCACCAAUGAGUGGACGUAUGUUGCCAAAAUGAACGAACCACACUACGGACAUGCAGGCACUGUCUACGGAGGAUAUAUGUACAUUUCAGGUGGAAUCACUCACGACACAUUUCAGAAGGAGCUCAUGUGCUUCGAUCCGGACGCUGACAAAUGGACACAGAAAGCUCCCAUGACCACCGUGCGCGGUCUUCACUGCAUGUGCACGGUGGGUGACCGACUCUACGUGAUCGGCGGGAACCAUUUCCGCGGCACGAGCGACUACGAUGACGUUCUGAGCUGUGAGUACUACAGCCCGGCUCUGGACCUGUGGACGCCCAUUGCCGCCAUGCUGCGGGGCCAGAGUGAUGUGGGUGUGGCAGUUUUCGAGAACAAGAUCUACGUGGUGGGGGGCUACUCGUGGAAUAACCGCUGCAUGGUAGAGAUCGUUCAGAAAUACGACCCGGAGAAGGACGAGUGGCAUAAAGUGUUCGACUUACCCGAGUCGCUGGGUGGGAUACGAGCGUGCACGCUCACAGUUUACCCCCCCGAGGACCUGACAGGCUCACCGUCACGAGAGUCACCUCUCUCUGCUCCUUGAGGAAGGUGGGGGGGCGAGGAGAGGACAUACUGAUGGAUGGAUGGAUGGAUGGAAGGGGACAGGGCAUAUAAGUGGC